AUGCCUAAAAAGCGCCUUGUGUCCCCAGAACAACCAACAUUCGAGUUGCCGUCGCUUCCGCCGUGGAGGACGCCGAAGAUCAAGAUCUUACAUCACACGCCCUCGCGAGGAAGAUCGCUGCUAGACGAGAAUGACAUCUUUGAGACCCCGCAGGAAGGUGAUCAGAUAAAAAAAGUGGAGAAGAAUCCAGAUGUGUACGAAUAUGCUCCUUUCUGCGACAAGAAGCUACUAGCCAACAGCAAGGUGACUCAACUGCUGAACUCCGAGACGGCCACUCAUUGCCUCGUGUUUCACAAAGACGAACAUAGGUCACCUAACAAAAAAUACAGGCCUGACCUUAACAUGGACUGCUGUAAUAGCUCAGAUGAAGAGGAUUUGCCACUAGAUGGUAGCCUUCUAGAGCCGGUCACAGGGCCCUCAUGCACAUCAGAAAGGCCUAAUAUUAGACGUUUCGAAAACAAUGCUUCAACUGAAAGGAAUGCACUUCGAGACUUCUGGGGUGGCUCAGAGGUCCCUGAAAUACUAGAUCGAAGCCAGCUUCGAGACCUGUAUACCAUACUGCAGCAGGAAAGCGACCUUGUACAUCGCAGCGAGCGCCAAGUGCAAUCUCAGAACCAAAUUCCUCGCCAAAUUGAAGGAGACAUCUAUCAUUGGCUUCGAAAAUACUGCAAUAACACUUGGGAAGGGGGCUCGUGGAUGUUCAACGGCUAA